CAGUGUCAUUUAAAAAGUGGUUAUGAACAUACCUCCCCGAGGAUACAGCAGUUCAAGAAUUAAACGUAAAGAAAACGAGCAACCAUUACGUACCAAAAUGCCGUCGUUAAGUUUUAACAUGCGUGAGCCAAUUAGUAGUAGUAAUCGUGCCACCAAGCGCACGAUUUCUUCUUCCUCUUCCUCCUCCUCUUCGUCGGCAGGCUUCGACUCCUACUGUGUUUCGUUGGCUGUAGGACCGCUGUGGUGGUCCGAUGUCCCACAAUCCCGAACGGACCACGAUAGGGCGUCUCCCUUGAAAGAAUACAAUCGCAAGACAUCUAUCGAUUCGACAACCACCGCUUCGUCUGAGUUUACCGAUUAUGACGAUACCGAGUCGACCGUAGAGUUCAUGAACCAACAUGAAGCCGCCGUCAUCCAGGAAGUGCUGAACCAGCCCACGCCAACGCAAAUCUCGCUGAAGCUGUUCGUCACUCCGCAGAAGUACAGCGUCUGGGAAACGGUCUUCAACCCGUUGGACAACAUCCUUUAUGUGAACCUGCCGUCGACCAUGACGCACGAGGCAUCGAAGCAUUCGUUCAUCUCUCUGCUGGAAUUCGCCGAAGAGAAGCUCGAGUGUGACGCCGUAGUCCUUUGCAUCCGCAAGGACCGCCUCGAUCGUCCAAAUCUGGUGCGUACAUUCUCAUUUGUCGGUUUCCAACCUGUCAGCCCCAAGUCACCAUUGGCGCCACCUCACAUUGAAGAGCAGCAGAAGAACGACUAUCUCUUCAUGAUCUACAACAUCGAGGAGUGAACCAACUCAUCAGUGAAACUCAGACCAAGCCUGGUGGGUGUGUAUUGAUCAAAAUCAAAUCUUCGCCGAUUGCCGCCCUUCGAACAUUUAUAUCCAUCAUUAGAGGGAGCGUUCAUAACAUCGAACGGACCGAAGUAAGAACCUAUUGAGCUGCUGAGCUUCGAUUGGUGGCAGGUCGUCGCAUACCAAAUCAGUGCGCUUGGUGGGUUCGUUUUGAUCAAUACGCAUUAGACCGGAAUACACGUAAUUACAUUAACAACAACAGAAAAAAAAAAACUAGAACAUACACCCAUAAAGUUAAAGAAAACAGAAAACAUCUCUCUUUUCGAAAGAUU